AGCCGCAGCAGCGUCAUCCGCCCCCACGCGCUCAGGUGAGAGCAAUACCUGAGAAGAGGGCGUGGCCUCCUGUGCCAGCGACGCACACGCACACACACACGCAGACUGCUUGUCUGGAACAUUCGGUCAGCUGAAAGAUGGAAAAGUCGCCGAGUCUGUCCUCCGAGGGCUCCCCCCCUCCUCCGCUGGACGACGACGACUCCAGCUCGGCUUGCUCCGACGAGCUGCUGGGCUCUCAGUCCCGCCGCUGGUUGUCCGAUUGCCUGGCGGGGGAAGAUCCUGCACACCCCGGCGACGUCAACGGGGACGUGAGCGUGGGCCGCGACGGAUUGUUCGUGGACUUUCACUUCCCUCUGGGCGAACUGGAGAUGAAGGCCGCCGGGGUCAAGUGGAAAAGACCCAAGGAGCUGUGCAGGACGCCUCACUUUACCGUAGACGGAGCGUCACGCCUCGACAUCCGCCAAGGGAAGCUCAGCGACUGCUGGUUGCUGUCGGCCAUCGCCUCUAUGGCCGUGCACAAACCUCUGCUGGACAAGGUGGUACCACCGGGUCAGACCUUCCUGGACGGGUACAAGGGCUGCUUCGUCUUCCGGUUCUGGCAGUACGGUCAGUGGGAGGAAGUGCGCAUUGAUGACCUGCUGCCCACCUGCAACAACGACCUGAUUUUCCUCAGCUCGCCACAAAAGCACGAGUUCUGGAGCUCUCUGCUGGAGAAAGCCUACGCCAAGUUGAAAGGAGGCUAUCGAGCUCUGGACAUGGGCUUCCCCCACGAGGCGAUGGUGGACAUGACGGGGGGCGUGGCCGAGGUUUUAAACGUGUCUUUGCUGCCCAGAGAUCUUCCAGUGUUGGUCAGACAGAUGCUGGCCAAAGGAGCGCUCAUUAACUGUGCCAACACGCUCGGUCCUCUGGAGAGCAGGAACGAGCUGGGAAUCAUGUUCAGACACGCCUACUCACUGACGGCGGUCGAGGAGGUGCAGACCACAUAUGGACCAGUGGACCUGGUGCGCAUUAAUAACCCGUGGGGCAACACCGAGUGGGAGGGGCCAUGGAGUGACCUGAACGGUCCAGAGUGGAACACAGUGAGCCCCCAGGAGCAAAAGAGACUGGAGCGAGUCCGACGGGAGGAUGGGGAGUUCUGGAUGUCGGUGUCGGACUUCCGGCAGAACUUCGAGACCAUGGAGGUGUGCCACCUGUCUGACCUCAGCGAGCCGACGGGCGCCAGCGUGCAGCCGUGGGUGUGCGCAAUGAAUCAUGGGAGCUGGGUGCCGCGGGUUUCGGCGGGAGGCUCUCCUCAUGGGGGUUGGUACUGGCAGAAUCCACAGUAUGACUUUGUCCUCUCCCAGCGGGACAACAGAUCCAGUGACUCCUCGAAGUCCUGCUCCUUCAUUUUGGCUCUGAUGCAGAAAUAUCAGCGGCGCAGAGGAAUUACCCUGUCCAUCGCUCUGCAUAUCUACCCGGCGCCUCACGAGGACAAGCACCUGUCCCCUCAGGACCUGAGCGCCCUGCGCCCAGUGCUCUGCAGCAGCCAUUACUCCUCCCGGCGUGAGGUGGUGCUGCGAGGCACCCUGCCGCCGGGUCGCUACGUCAUCAUCCCGUCCACCGCCGAGCCCAAUCAGCAGGGCUCCUUUCUCCUUAGGGUGCUGACGGAACGAGGCCACGCCUCCACUCCGGCUUCAAGCUCGGCAACACCUGACCUGUCUUCAAUACAAGCGCAGCCUCAUUUCCCUCACCAGACUGCGCUCCCUUCCCUAAAAGCCAUGAAAGUGCUCUUCAAGAAGCACUGCAACAAGAGAGGAUUCUGUAAACCUCAUCACCUUCAUAGCCUGCUGACAGAGACCAUCCAGGGGGGAGUGUUGGCUGGCAGCGAGAAGCACCUGGAACUGGAGCACUGCAAGAGCUUGGUGGUCCUCAUGGACAGUCAAGGCAUCGCGCAGCUAAACUGGCGGGAGUUCCAGAGUCUCUGGGAAAAGAUCCGGAUGUGGACGGACAUUUUUCUGGUGUACGACAAGAACAAAACUCAGCGUCUAGAGUAUGAAGAGGUGAGCCCCGCCCUGAAGGCCGCAGGCAUCGUGGUGGACGACCUGGUGAUGCAGCUGGUGGGCCUGCGGUACACGGAGCCCGACAUGACCAUCAACUAUCCCGGCUUCCUGUACCUCACCAUGAAGCUGGACAGCAUGAUCCACAAAUUUCACGCGUACGACAUGGUGGGAAUGGGAAGCAUCUCGCUCAAUUACAGACAGUGGCUCCACAUGACCGUUUACAACUGAACACCCGCCUCAGCCCAGAAGAUUCCCAGGAUCAAUUCCCUCUGCAGCGUUUGAUUGUAUUUUCGUCGCGCUCCGGCAUGAGCGCACAUUACAGCCGCGCUGAGGGAAAUAUUUGUCAGGGAUUGUUUUCGCUCAUGCGGGGCCGCGAUUGAAACAUGGACGCCGAUUCUUCUACUCGCUGGGAAGAGGUCGCGACCCCGAUCGCUGGGAAUAUUUUUGAUUAACGACCCCCCGUUUUAUUGUGACUGUUUGGUAUGUGUACAUAGUCGUCUGCCAGCGUCAUUCUUUAAACACUCUAAACAUGUCCACGCUCUCUCUCUCUCUGUGUGUGUGAGUGUGUGUGAGUGUGUGUGAGUGUGUGUGUGUGUGUGUGUGUGUGUGUGUGUGUGUGUGUGUGUGUGUGUGUGAGUGUGUGUGUGUGUGUGUGUGUGUGUGUGUGUGUGUGUGUGUGUGUGUGUGUGUGUGUGUGUGUGUGUGUGUGUGUGUGUGUGUGUGUGUGUGUGUGUGUGUGUGUGCGAUAUCCUGUUGCGCUACCACUCACACUGCCUUAUUUGGGCGUUGUGUGACAUACAUCGGGCGGUAUAGCUCGGUUGGUAGAGUGGCCGUGCCAGCAACUUGAGGGUUCCAGGUUCGAUCCCCGCUUCCGCCAUUCUAGUCACUGCCGUUGUGUCCUUGGGCAAGACACUUUACCCACCUGCUCCCAGUGCCACCCACACUGGUUUAAAUGUAACUUCCAUAUUGGGUUUCACUAUGUAAAAGCGCUUUGAGUCACUAGAGAAAAGUGCUAUAUAAAUAUAAUUCACUUCACUUCACAUCGCCGCAUUUCAUGUCUCCUCACCCUUUCAUAAAUGUAACCACACAUUUUUCUAUUAUAUUUUCACUCACUUCCUGGUCUGGAUGAGCUCAAAUGGACGCAAUUUUACACAACUUACAGUAAUGCGAUUCAUUGCAAAUAUUUGUCAUAAUGAUGGUAACAUUUUGUGUUUUAUGCUAUUACAGGGAUUUUCAGUUCUUUUCUUUUAAGCAAAAAUUCUGCCGCCACUAUAGAUAACAGCACGUGCCGAUAAUAUUGUUAUAAGUACACCUCUGCAGAAGAUUGCAUCAUUAUUAAUGUAACCCAGGUGGUAUACCAUUCCGCACUGGUACUUGAACCCUGGUCGUCCGCAUGGGAGGCAAGUGUGCUGACCACCGAGCUGGCUAACUAACGUACACGUGGCCCCGCCCCAUUGGCCGGCUUACGUGACACCCGGGGUGUCCAAACUUUUUCCACCGAUCAAUGCAUGCAGGGGCCAUUCUGAUAUUUUUCCUUUUCAAAACCCUUAAAAUAUACACAUUUUUGGAAACCUUUAUGGCUCCCCUUGAAGGGUGGCAGUCAUAAAAAUUAAUCAUAUAUUAUUAUUUUUUUGUCAACGUUUGAAUCUUUAGAUCAAUUUCAGAGCCAUUUGUUGAUAAAAAGUUUUAUUCUCUUAUGCUCUUGUAUAAGAAACCCAUUUUUAUGAAAAAAUAAAAUAAAAUAAAAACAUCCCAAAAACAAAAUAUGCAAUAUCCUCCUCCGCACAAAAAAUGUUUUUGGAAUAUUUCAUGUGAUUCAUAAUUCAUAACAGCAUUGAUUUUAUUUUAUUAUUGUUUUUUGAGCAAAGACAGUUAAAAACCCCCAAAAAUCAACAGCUUUUUUUUUUACUUUCAACGUUUAAAUAUCUAGAUGGACUUCAGAUCCAUCCAUUGAUAAUGUGUUUUCAUUAAUGUGUUUUGUUUGUUUUAAGGCUUUUUUGUAUUGCAUGGCAAAAACACAAACCAUGCAAUUUUUACCCCCGAAAAUUAUUUCAAAGUGUAAUAUUUGAUGUGAAGUCAUUGGAGCUUUAUAUACGACAAUAGUUCAUAACAACAUUGAUUUUGAUUCAUUAUUAUUUUUUGAGCUAUGACAGUUUUAAAGAGAAAACAGCCUGCAUGGCAGUUUUGUGUUUUUAGCGUCAACGUUGUAGCUUUUUGUUGUUACAUUUGCCCUGUUUGCUCUUUUUUUUCACCUUUUUUAUGUUGUUUUUUAAUUUUUUUUAAUUUUUAGAAUGUGACGCGGGCCGUUAAAAAAUGAGAUGCGUGCCGCACUUUGGACACCCCAGCGUUACACGAACAUAAAAUAAAAAAAUAUAGAUCAACUUACAACAAAGAAUAAUUUUAUUAACAUUGUUUUUUAGUCUAUAAUAAAUGAUAAAUGAUAAAUUUAGUCUAUAAUAGAGAUUUAAAGUGCACCAAUUUGCCUGAAAUAAAAAUAAAAAAUAAAUUUAUUUAAACUAUCAACAUUUUUUGAAAAAUUAGAUACUGAAAAUUCAAAUACAUCAAUAAAAAAACUAAUAAUAAUAAAUAAUUACAUAUUCAAAAUGAUAAGUAACAUUAAUUCAGGAGCACAAUAUAUAAAUCAAAAUGCGAAAGUCAGGAUUAAUGGCCCCCCGGGACUGCACCAUGUUAAGCAUAUUUCGUUCCUGUGAAAGUAUGAAUUAGAUCACUCAGUGUGAUUAUUAUGGCAUUCAUUAGUGGCUGGCAGUUUCACCCUCGCCCUACUCUCACUUGUAUCUCACCGCAUACUUGAAAUAUUUGCUAAUAAUGGCAGGAUGUUUUCCAUGUCCCGACUCACCUUGAACGCAUCACGGAGAAACAAUGUCCAUACAUGGCUCUAAAUCAAGGCUGUCCAAAGUGUGGCCCACAGCUCAAGUUUUGCAAUAAAAAUUUAAUGAAAAAGCAGAAAUGUUGAUACUAAUAAUAUUCUGAAUAAUAUGCUUUGUCAAUUAAAACACUUAGCUAACAUAAUGUAUUAAUUAUAAAUCGAAAUAAAAUUGUUCUUGUUUAUUUUGUUGACCACUGACCGAAGAAAUAUCUAACUAAAUAUUUUCAUAAUGCAUAAAAAAAUAUGUUUACUACCUCCCAAAUAUAUACUUUAACAUAAUUAGACAUACAUUACACCCACACAGCAACCUCUCAACUAUUUUAAUCCAAUAUAAUAAUGCUGGCAGAGGCUGAGUGGCCUCGAUACUGAAUAGCGCACUGAAUGGUUUGGUCUCAUCUAGUUGCCAAUAAUAUUGAAGUAUUAAUAUUUUAAGUGCAUUUUUUAGGCUGCUAGAAAAAAAACGUAUGCUUGAAAAUGUUCAAUUUAGACCAGCCUGGGCAAUUAUUUUGACUCGGGGGGGCCAAAUUUUGAGAGAAAAAUUUGUCUGGGGGCCUGUAUAUCUAUUUUUAGGAACACUAAUACAAAACCCCACAAUAAUGUCUGAAUGCUAAAAACGUUAUGACAGACCACCUUAAAAAAAAAAACGGAAUGGAAUUUUAAUUUUUUUUUACUGAAUGAGACACCCAGAAUGUACAUGAAAAUAAAGAAUGUGGGAUUCACAAUAUUAACUAUGACCAAUAAAACACUGAAUAUUGACAACAUAUGAACGUCACACACCCUCUCGAUCGACAUAUUUUACAAUCAAGCAAAACGCAACAAAAAUGCAACAAAGCAGCAAAAUAUGAACGCGGAGGGUAAAACAAAAAACACCUACAAUCUGAUACAUCACUAAGCUUUAGAACUUUGUUGUAAAAAUCUGCUUCCGUGUCUGUCCCUGACACCCGCAUUUCAGGCUCGCUCUGGAAACACUCUGUGGAAACGCUCCCCACCCACACUGCUUGGUGCCUCGUCUCAGCUGCUGUGACUUAGAUUACCAUAGUAACUAAUUAGAUUACCAUAAUAACUAGUACAUCAUGCAAAAGCGCAGAUUCCAACCAUUGAAAAAUGUUGUAUAGUUGAAGACUUCCGGUCAUUUCAAAACAUCACUGCACAUCAUAAUGGCAGCUACACUUUCCAUCUUAAAGAUCUAAAAAAAAUUAUUUGGGAAUGUCCGGCAGGCCAGAUUGAAAAGAUUAACGGGCCUUAAUUUGCCCAGGUCUGAUUUAGACCAAAAGUCUGUAACAUAUAUAUAAAAAGGAUACCAACAAAAAAUCUGCGAUCAGAGUGAAGCUGCAAACUUGGAAUGGGUUACUACUGUCUGUUGGUAGCAUUUCUUUUACGAAAUAAAAAAAAUGACCGAUGCUUGCUUUGACGGCCCAUGGUGGAAAAAGUUUGACCCACCCUGUCUCCUCACCUUUUAUGAAUGUCAUUCACAUAUAACCGGUCAAUUUAUUAGGUACACAAUCCAAUGCGAUCCAGUGCAAAUAUUGUGCCUCUACGAAGAUAAUACUGCACGCUUUUGAUUUAUUUAGCAAUAACUGUCGAGGCGCUGCAUCUUUUUGACCUACAAUUAAGUUGUGCUAAAAAUAAACCCAAUGAAUAAUGUUUUUGUUUUUUUUGAAUAAACUGUCAACACAAUUAAAGUGCAAAUGAAAACACAUCUUCACCACUUUAGUCAUAAUUUAAGUGGUGGAAAAAUCUAUUACAAAUGAGUACCGCAGCGGCCCAUAUGGACCACAGCUGAAAAGCUUGUUGCCCACCGUGUCAUUUUCAGCCCCACUCGUUCUUUUUUAUUGGCUCCAUCUGUACGCCAAUGAAUUUCUUGAUUAAAGUACAGUGUUUUAUUUUACUGUAUUCAAACAGUGUUACUGUUCAAACCGUGUGUAAUGUUACAGUGGCCAAAAAUGUUAAAUAUUCUUGUGAAAUAAAACCUCUGCCUUGUUUUUAAUGAA